CAGAGUCACUGAUUAGCUUCAGGCUAGUCACAACCGAGGAUCCACUUCAGCUACAUUUCAUUUUAUUUCUACAGCGUCAGUAACAAUAUAAAUGGGACCAGAACCAGAACCAGAACCAGCUCACGCGGAGGGACCCAUCUGGUCCGGGAGGAGACUGAAAGAGAGAGGACAGAUAAACAUUCUGACUAAAGCGUCCAUAUAGAACCUGAUGAUGGUCCAGAGACCAGAUGUAGGGUCUGAGAGGAACCUGGGCAGUGGAGGAGGGCAGAGCUUCCCGGCAGCCAUGAUGGAGGACACGGAGCCGGACCUUUCCCCUGCCCCGUCUGACCACAUCAGCCCCUCCCCUUCCCUGUCCGCCUCCUCCUCCCCCUCUCUUUCUCUCCCCUCCACCCCCUCCUCGUCCUGCGGCCCCCCCCAGGCUGCCACCCCCCCCCUAGGUGUCAUCAGUGAGGGUGUGGCUGAGCUCAGCCUGGUCAUUGACCCUGAGGUGGCCCGCCGGGCCUGUCAGGAGGUCCUGCAGAAACUGCGCCAGGUGGAGGGGGAGGAGCCCCCCCAGCAGACUGGGGCGGAGCCUCUGCCCCCCCCCGCCCCCAAACCCUCCCAGAUCAGAGAGGAGGACGACGACCCCGAGGGCCCAGCCCCCGGCUCGGUGAAGAGCGCCCGGCGGCGGCAGAGACACAACCCGUCCAAACAGUCGUGGCUGCUGCGCCUGUUUGAGUCCAAGCUGUUUGACGUUUCCAUGGCGAUCUCCUACCUGCACAAGUCCAAGGAGCCGGGGGUCCAGGCCUACAUCGGGAACCGGCUCUUCAGCUUCCCCCACGGGGACGUGGACUUCUACCUGCCCCAGCUCCUCAACAUGUACAUCCACAUGGACGAGGACGUGGGCGACGCCAUCAAGCCCUACGUGGUGCACCGCUGCAGACAGAGCAUCUCCUUCAGCCUCCAGUGCGCCUGGCUCCUGGGGGCCUACUCCUCUGACAUGCACAUCUCCACCCAGCGUCACUCCAGAGGAACCAAGCUCAGGAAGCUCAUCUUGUCCGAUGAACUCAAGCCCUCGGGGCCCCGAGCUCGCAGGGACCCCCUGACCCUGACGCCCUUCUGUCCCCUCGGCCCCGGGCCCCUGGGGGGGGACCACGGCCUGUCCCCGUCCAAACGAACUCACCAGCGCUCCAAGUCCGAUGCCACUGUCAGCAUCAGCCUCAGCAGCAACCUGAAGAGAACGGCCAGCAACCCCAAGGUGGAGAGCCAGGACGAGGACAGCAGCUCCAGCUCAGACAGUCUGGAGUUGGACUCUGGUCCCCCGGUCCGCCUGGCCCCCCAGAGGGAGUUUGUGAAGUCUCUGCUGGGCAUCGGGAAGCGUCUGGCCACGCUGCCGACCAAAGAGCAGAAGACCCAGCGUCUCAUCUCAGAACUGUCCCUCCUCAACCACAAGCUCCCGGCCCGAGUCUGGCUCCCGACGGCCGCCUUCGACCACCACGUGGUCCGGGUCCCCCACAGCCAGGCCGUGGUCCUCAACUCCAAGGACAAGGCCCCCUACCUGAUCUACGUGGAGGUCCUGGAGUGCGACAGCUUCGAGACGUCCAGUGUUCCGACCAGGAUCCCAGAGAACCGGAUCCGGAGCACCCGGUCUGUGGAGAACCUGGACUGCAGCCUGACUCUGGAGCAGAGAACCGGGAGCUUCUCAGUCGUCCCCAACUACGACAACGAUGACGAGGCCUGGUCCGUGGACGACAUCGGAGAGCUGCAGGUGGAGCUUCCUGAACUUCACGCCAACAGCUGUGACAACAUCAGCCAGUUUUCAGUGGACAGCAUCAGCAGCCUGGACAACAAGGAGCCGGUCUUCAUCGCUGCAGGAGACAUCAGGCGUCGUCUCUCGGAGCAGUUGGCUCAGACCCCGACCACCUUCAGACGAGACCCUGAGGACCCGUCGGCCGUGGCCCUGAAGGAGCCGUGGGAGGAGAAGGUCAGGAGGAUCAGAGAGGGCUCCCCCUACGGUCACCUGCCCAACUGGAGGCUGCUGUCAGUCAUCGUUAAAUGUGGAGACGACCUGAGGCAGGAGCUUCUGGCCUAUCAGGUGCUGCAGCAGCUCCAGUCCACCUGGCAGCAGGAGCGCGUCCCCCUGUGGAUCCAGCCCUAUAAGAUCCUGGUGCUGUCCUCUGACUCCGGGAUGAUUGAGCCGGUGCUGAACGCCGUGUCGCUGCAUCAGGUCAAGAAGCAGAGUCAGCUGAGCCUCCUCGACUACUUCCUGCAGGAGCACGGGGCCCCCACCACCGAGAACUUCCUCCAGGCCCAGAGGAACUUUGUCCAGAGCUGCGCCGGCUACAGCCUCAUCUGCUACCUGCUGCAGGUCAAAGACAGGCACAACGGGAACAUCCUGCUGGACUCUGAAGGCCACAUCAUCCACAUCGACUUCGGCUUCAUCCUCUCCAGUUCCCCCAAGAACCUCGGCUUCGAGACGUCCGCCUUCAAGCUCACCUCAGAGUUCGUGGACGUGAUGGGGGGUCCGGACGGAGACAUGUUUAACUACUAUAAGAUGCUGAUGCUUCAGGGUCUGAUCGCAGCCAGGAAGCACAUGGACCGAGUUCUGCAGAUAGUGGAGAUCAUGCAGCAAGGUGAGCUAACAGUCCGUCCAUCAGUGCCUCCUGCUGUCCUUUCAGCGCUGACCCCCCCCUCCCCCCCUCCCCCUCCAGGCUCCCAGCUGCCCUGCUUCCACGGCUCCAGCACCAUGCGAGGGCUGAAGGAGCGUUUCCACAUGAGUCUGACCGAGGAGCAGCUCCAGCUGUUGGUCGAUCAGCUGGUCGACGGGUCAAUGAGGUCGCUCACCACCAAACUGUACGACGGCUUCCAGUACCUCACCAACGGCAUCAUGUGACCACAGUCAUGUGACCACAGUCAUGUGACCACAGACUGACCAGCUCUGGCUUUUAUGAUUCUUCUUCUUCUUCUUCUUCUUUGUUUUAUUUAAUUCUUUUAUUCGUCUUUUCUUUAGAGGAAUUCAGUUUUUGUCUCGUUUGGUUUCAUCCACUUCCUCCUCUUCCAUAUCUGGGUGGAAGUCCCUGAUUGGCUGCUCAGCUGGACUUUUAGCCAAUCAGAGAGCAGCUCAGUUUUAGUUGAAAUGUGAACCGUCUUCGGGCGGCUGGUUUUUUACGCGUUGCUGCCGCUGAGACGCUGAGCAAGGCAGCACACAGACUGAUGAUGACGACGAUGAUGAUGAUGAUGAUGAUGAUGAUGUUGAGCAGCUGUGAACAUCUAGAACAUCAAUAAAAUCAUCUUUCCUGAGAAA